CAACACGGUGUUGUUGUUGUGGUGCCGCUGCAGGUCUGGCCAGCUCGAUGUCCCUCUACCGGUAGGGCUGGCGCCAUUCUUAUUGGCUCAGCAGUGGCUCUAAACAACAAACACUUGCAUUCUGUUACCCAAAUAGCACAGUCGUAUUUCUGUUUCUGUAGCAGAUGCUGUGGAACCGUACUGGUGUUGAUGUUAUAGGUAUGUAACAGCUCAACUUGUGACAGAAGAGCUCCGAUGUAAACUAGAGAACUCUAAAACAGACCGGGGCGACGACUUCCUGCAAUACUCCGUUGUUGCUAUGCAACCUGUCAACAACAAACAGAGUCGCUAGCCGCCAGGCAUGUCGUCGGGUUACUCGGCUAAUCAGUAUGAAAAUGCUUUCAACUCGAAGAAACUGCAAAAUUGGACCGUGCCAAAGCAUUUCAAGGAGAGGCCCUCAGCGGCAGAGGGUCACACCAUCUUCAUCGCCAGUGACCGCGGACAUCUCUUACCAGGAGUGAAGGCUAAGCGCGGCAGUGCGUGGCCAGAUUUUAAGGGGACAUGGGAGCUGCCUGCUCGUCUCCCUCCUGCCUCCAUCAACCCCACGGCUCGCUCUGAGGAGGGCAGACAGCGUCUCACACACACAUACACACACUCACACACACACUCCAGACUGGACAUCCACACACACAGGGCUGCCAAAACCACCACCACACCAGCCGCAGACGGUCAGACGGAAGAGGAUCAGACCUGCAAUGCCCCAACUUCAGAGAGACCAGUCACAGGAGAAAGACCAGUCACCGGACAAUCAGGUCGUGGGGAGAGACCUUUGACUCAAGCCUCAGAGAGAGAGAGAGCAGUCUCCCACCCUGACACACAGCAAGAGGAGAGAGUAGCCACUAGAGGGAACACCUCGGCUGGAGAGAGAACAGUUAGCCAGGGAGAGAGAGAACCCUCUUCAGCUGCCCAAGAGAAUCACACAAUAGGUUGACAAGUAAACAUAUCUACCUCCCCAUCUCUCUUUCUCUCUCCUCUCUCUCUCCAUCUUUCUCUCGAGCAGUCUCACACCCAGAAUAUAUUUAGUUUCCUGAUGUCCUGAGUGCUUUUAGUUUACUGAU